AUGGGCGUAAAAUUCGCCUUAUUAAUGAGCCUCCUGUUUAAAAGGGGGGAUAUAGAAAUAGGUCUGCUUGUUAGUAAGCUAAGUGGAGGCAAGAAAACAAGACUUCUGAGUGUUACGGUAUCGUCUAGUUGUAAAUCUGUGUACAGCUUGUUUAAGCGUGUGUUUGCGGUUUGUGCUAGCAUUGGGGUGUUUCUCCCGUUGUAGAGUCACAAAUGCGAGAAGUGCAAAAAGGGGUUUUAUAACUUUUCUAGGGAUAACAAAAUAUGCCUACCCUGUCCCCUUGGCACGUUCAGCGACGCGGAGGGAUCCAUUGUUUGCAGAAAUUGUCCAGGCGGGUCUAGUAAUAAAAAUGGGGGCGCAAAACAAGGAUUCAAGGUAGACACCACCAACGGCAGAUGUGCAAAAUGCAGUGCGCUCGAGUUAUGUGACGACGGUGAAAAUGUGUGGUCGUUUAAAAAUAUGUGCACGAAAGAAAGAGGCGAAGAGUAUGUAGAACUGUGUAGAAAUGUACGAACCGAUCAAGUGUACAGUUUUCAAAUUUCAUGUUUUAAAAAAGACGUUUGUUUAAAUCACAAAGAAGGGAAGAGCUGCCUGGAGGGGAAUAAAUUAAUUCAGUGCAAAAUUUGUGAUGAAAAUUUCAGAUACGAUUUCAUAACCCCAGUGAAGCGUCCCUGCGUGCUUUGUAGUUUUACAACGUACGUAGUUUCGCUGUACUUCAUCGCCCUGGGAUUUUUCUUAAGUAUUUUAAUACUCACCUGUGUAGAAAGGGAAAGAGAAAUGAAAAUAAUAAGACUGGUUGUUAAAUAUACGCAAUUUAUGUCUCUCCUCAGGUGGAGGUACGUGAACUCGAAUUAUAGUCACUUCCUUUUAGAUGCGCUGCACUUUUUCACGGUCGGAGUUCCGCUGAAUGAAGUCCUCGAUUGUAUAUUCUCGGGUACAAAUGGAGAAAGGAUUGAAAAGAAGGUUGAUUUUUUGCUAUUCUUGCCUCUGCUAUUUUUAGUAUUCUCCCUUUUUGGAACAAUUGUCCUUCGCCUGUUAAAAAGUAAGACACGAAAAAUGGAGGGGAGAAAAUGUCUAAUCACAUAUGUCUAUAUUAACCUUUAUAUUCCCCUCCGAUUUGUCAUUAUAGAGAAAGGUGAAGAUGAGCUAAACGAUAACUCGAGUGAGGAUGGAGUGGAUAACAUUCCCUCCCUGGACGAGCACACAUCUUCCCUCACAGGAAACAACAAGCGCAAAGCAGAAGAGAGUGGCAAAUAUUUUGCGCAACUUUUCAUUUUAUACCAUGAAUAUCUCUACUUGGAAAUAAUAAGGUUAUGUGUUUUUUUUUAUUUUUGUAAUUAUGAUGAACAGAGGGGAGGCAACUUUUUGAUAGUGGACGAUUCUUUAGAGUGCACAAAAAUGAGGAGAAAAUAUUAUGUAAAAAUAUGGAUAAUCGUACUGUACAAUACGUUUGUUAAUUAUUUCGACUACUUUUUAUUUUUUCUGAAGAAAUAUAUUCCCAGUUUUGACGUCUUAUGUGUGUUAAAAGCAAAGGUAAGUACGCUUAGCCCUUCGAAUGACAUUUUCUUGCUGCUCUUUUUGUUUUUUUUUCACAAACGAUUUUUUAACAACGUGAAUGCAUCUCUAAUUGUUAAUCAUAAGAAUGGUAUAUAUAACAAUAAUGUGCACACGUUUCAGUUUGUUCUCAUUACCGUGUCGUUUUUUCUCUACACGUUAAUUACAUUUUUAUGCGUCUACCAAUGUGACGAUUGUGCGGGGGAAGAGAAAGUGGACGAACUAGAAAAUGAGCGAAAUGUGGGGCAUAUUGUGAGGGAGUCCCCAGUUUAUGAGGAAGAAGAGGGAAGAAAAAAAGAGGCCAACAAAUCCGACGUCGCCAGGGAGAAGAGUGAUAACAAUGUGGGAGAAGCAGAAAAGGUGGAAUUAAAAAAUGGAAAAAUGGGUGUGCCACAUGGUGAGGGGCGGGAGGAAGACGAAGAAGCGGUCGGCGAAGCGGGCCAAGAGGGCGAAGUUGAGGGCGAAGAUGAGGGCAAAGACGAGGGCGAAAAAGAGGGCGAAGAAGAGGACACAAAUGAGCACAGAUGGGGAACUCCAACAGGGGGUGACAAACAAUACCACCCCGUUACUCCCUCCUGUGCUAUUCAACUGAUAAACCUGGUGUCCAAAUUGGUUAAAAAACGCAGAACUGAGAAAUUCUUUUUCUACUUUUCCAUGUUUGUGCAUAUCACCAUUUUGCUCUCCUACUAUACCUUUUUAAGCUACGUGCAUGCAAGAAAUUUCCUGGGGGUGUUGACAACCAUUUCAGUGCUAUGCAAUGGGUUCAUUUAUGCGAUAAUUUUCUUGCUGUUCAUAAAAUUGGGCAGAGGGAAUAACCUGAAGAAGGACAAUAAAAAAUGGUUCAGAAUUAGCGGCAUCAGAAGGAGGAUAGAAAAGGCGAAAUGGGUGGCCAUAUGGAGAAGAAGAAAAACAAGCAGAACAGAAAAGGAACAAACAAAUAGGAAACAUGUGGUAAAAUUCAAAGAAAGAAAUAACAAAAUGGAGGAGAAAUACUUUUUGAAAAAUGAAAAAAGGAGUAUAAUGUUGAUAAAUAAUAUCCUGAAGAACAGCAAAAGUUUUGAGGUCCAUUUUGGUGAAGUAGCUCUCAAGUCGGAAAAUGACAUCUCUAUUAAAAACAAGGAAAGAAAUAAAUUUAUCAGAAGGUAUAAAUUACUAAGAAUAUCCAAAAAGUGGAUUAUAUUUCUUCAAAAUGUUGUAGAUCUAUCCGAUGAACCCGAGAAGUGCUUGUCUAUGUUGAUCAGCUUAACGCUAGAGAAGGAGUUCCCCAGCCUCGAUUUAGACGCCUGUUUGGAAAUAGUAAAGAAGAAUUAUUUCUCCACAAUGAAAAAUGUGCCAACCAUUUUGAAAAACUUUCUGAAAUACACGAAUAAGUUUUUAGCCAUUCUGGAGAGAAGGCAAAAAGGAGAAAAGAAAAAUUCGAACGGAGGUGGAAGCGGGAGAGGAAUAGGGGGAGGAAGCGGGGGAGGAAGCAGAAGAGGAAGCACAUGCGCAUACGGACGAAUAAACGACUUCGACGAGUCGGAAAUCAUUUUCGCAUGGGGGUUAGGCAUUCUCAGUUUCGGAAAUCUGCAAGACGUAAACUAUAACCUGUCGCCUGUCCUAUUUCACGUUUCAAAUGUGCUAGCCAAAUGUAGAUAUAUGAAGUACACAAUCGAUUACUAUUUUAGGUAUAUGCCCUAUUUUGGGAUUCUUCCUAUUGGGGGCUUGGGAAAUUACUACCUCCAACAUGAGACUAUUACGGGGGGAACACUACCCAUUUGUGACACUAUUAAUAACAGGUAUGGGGACCAAGAAGGGGAAAGCAAUUUUAAUAGGGUUGUCCCCGGAGGGGUGGACAACCAAACUGUAGUUUUCGAAGUGUUAGGAGAGGACAGACACCCAGAUGGAUAUAUAAAUGGGAACAGCGAGCAGCUCAAUGUAGAUACGGAAAAUCAGAAAGCGUGUUUAGGUCCACGAUUUAACCAUACUGCGAAGAUGGAGAGCUACCCAGGGGAGCUAGCCAUUUCGCUAUCGGGUUGUACCCCGAGUAGAAAAACUCAAUCUGGUUUAAGCAACAGGAGAAGAGGUAACAGCGAAUCCCAUUCGAUAUGCACAUUAAGCGCUCCACUCGAAUCUUUUGCAGGCGCCCCAGGAAGGAGAGACAAUCAUGAAGGGGAUGAACUCCCCCUCGAAUUUGACCUAAAUCGCAUAUACGCCAAGGAACUUUGCCGAAUUUACGUGCAUUGCUUAUUAGCAGAUGUGAGCGAGAUGUACAGAGGCAUAGACUACACACAGACGUGCGAAAAGUACCUAUGCAGUGGGGUUUUAAACCUAUGGGGGGAGAACCAUAAAAGUAGGAGCAAUAUGUAUAUGAGGAGGUAUUACGAACAUUUGGAGAGGUGGGCAGGACUGGAGGAGAACAUCGUGGGGGAUCCAUCUUUACGAGGGGAAGUCAAACAGGGAGAUAGGGAUCCAACGGAAGCAAUUUUCAACAUAGAAGAUUACAUAAGCAGCAAGGUUAUAGAAAUAGAUUUUUAUGGACAAUUUGAACACCUAAAGAAUGACACGAAAAAUUAUUUAAUGAGUUUAAUUAAAGAAGGGGACUCUUUACAUGUGAAGGAGUUGACAAACUUUUCGGAGGUGACUCGAGAUAGAUCGCAGGAAAUGGAGAGAAAAGAAGAGGAAGAAAAAAAAAAAAAACGAAAAAAUGAACAAUUUUGCAAAGUUUUCUGUAGUGCUUUGCCAGUGUGCAUAGAAAAACGCUGUUGGGAAUUUCUGGACAAAAAUGAACUGAAACAGAUUGAAGAGGAAAAAAGGCAAAGAAGAAAUUUCACAAUUUCGUGUGAAAACAUGGGGGAGGAAUAUUUUAAUGUACAUGUAUUGAAAAAUUAUGAAGAAAAAGUGACAUAUUUUAAGAUUGACUGCUAUGGAGGGGUCAUUUCGGUUGGGGGAGAAUUUGUGAACAAGAAAGGGGAGUUCCCAUGUGUGAGCAAAAAGGAGAAGGGAAGGAGAAAGACAGUUACGGAGGGGGAUAAAAAAGGUGAAACAAAUUUUACGGAAGAGAAAGACGACAAUUUUUUAACCGAAGAGGGUGUCCACAUGUUGAACACAAACAUGCACAGUUAUAUAAGUUACGAACGCGUGGAGGGUUCCCAAAUGGAAAUAUUUACCCACAACAGUUAUGAGGGUGACGUAGGAAUUACAGGAGAUUUGAAGGGAAUGAAUUUUCAUGAUAGAAAUGCACUAGUGGUCCUAACUCCCCCAGUGAUUAUACCUACGGAGUGCACCAUAGAGGUGUGGCUGUUUGUUGGUUCAAGAGAAGGAGCCACAAAUGGACAGGAAAAGAGUUUCCUCUUUUGUGACAUGGAAGGAAAUUCCCCAUUUGUCAUUUCGAGAAGGGGAAACAAAAUUGAGGAUAUAGAAAUACACAUCAGUGAUAAGCACAGGUUAAGCAGUUACUUUAGACAACUGCACAGUGAGGGGAUGAGAGAACCCAUGGAUGGGGAGAAGACUACCGAAAAGGGAAACCAUUGGAACGUUUACAUAAAAUGUGAGAAGACUCCAAAAUGGAAUAAAAUAAACUCCAUAGUGAAGCAAAAUCAGUGGAACUUAUUAAAUAUAACCAAAAGUGCUAGUGGAUUAAUUUACUACAUGAAUGGGAAGUACAUGAACAGCAUCUCGCAUGAAGUGUUAAAUUUAGAGAAACAAUUACAGAUGAGCAUAUUUGGAAAUUCCUGCUUUGGAAAUAAUAACAUAGGAUUAUGUUCCUCUUUUAAAAUCUUCGAGUUUUUAAAAAAGGAAGAGAUAAAAAGAAGAUACGAAAUUGUGAAGAAAGUCAAAGGAAGAGAAAUGAUUGGAGACAACCUCUGCAUGGAGAUGAAGGACCAAGUAAUAGAAGGCAUAGAUGUGAGAGAUAAAUGCAUGCAGGUAUUGGAAUUUUUCAUAUACUUUGCGCAAUCGCAGAAGGGGAAGAUGAGGGUCGUUGCCUUCACCAAUGACUCGAAUUACAGAGUGAAAAUGUAUCAGCUACGCUUGGUUUCUAAGUACACAGGUGGCACUUCUCCAGGGGGGGGAAACAGUCCUGGGAAAAGCCCCCAAAGUGCGCACUUCUACGAAAGAAACGAUGAAGAGUUACACGGCAAAGAGAACAAACUAGGGUUGACAAAUCAACCAAAUGGUGAAGUAGGGGGAUGUGCAAAUCUCCACAGGAAAUGCGAAAAAAUAAUCCACAUCGAUGAUAAGGAAGAAUAUGGCUACAAUGUGUACUUCAAAAAAGUGAGCAGAAAGGAAGAUGCUCCGAAGAUUUACGGAAUAAAUAUAUUUUCUGACCUCCUUUGCUAUGCAUGCGAUUUGUCCAAAUUUUAUAACCUGAUUUUGGACCCGCCUUUAUCCAUAUAUAACGAAUUAGUAAAACCGUUCGGGUAUACGCUAUGCCUUUGGGUGUUCCUGCCCAUAGAAGAAAACGUUUCUUUUUCUUCGCUAGUUAGUGGAGAAAAGGAUUCACAUAUAAGCGUUUUUAGCGAUAGGCUACUUAUCGGAUGUAUUGAGAAUUACAAAAGGGGGAACAAGCAGGGCCAAACAUUUUACCACUCUUCUGGAUUCAGCAUCAAGAAUGUGAAGAGGGGGUGGUAUUACCUAACAGUCGUUGGAACUUUAAAGGGGCAAUUUUACUUUAUAAAUGGCUGUUUCAAGGGACAUCAUAAUUUUUGCUCCUUUGAUGAUAUAAAAUAUGUAGGAAAUAGUAGCUUGUUUAUUAACCCAUUUCCCUAUAUUUGUUUCUUCAAAAUGGUGACGAAGCCUUUAUCUGUCACUGAAAUUAUGUGUGAAUAUGCAUGUCCUGCUUAUGAUAAGUUAGCUGCUUCUCCCGGUUCUUCUUAUUGGUACCUACUUUUUGCAAACCUGUUUGGAGGAACGACCCCAAAUGACGGCAGCGUAGAUUCCCUGAGUGAUAAAUCUACGUCUUCCACUCGUUCAGACAAGGGGAAGUAUGUCCACUUUGAAAUUACAGAAUUUUUUGAUGUGCACGUUUAUCCAUACCGAGAGAGGAAAGACUACCAGUUCGCGUUAUCCGUUACGUCUGUGGAGAACAGAAAGUUAUUUUUCUUUAACAAAAAAAAGGAGCAAACUAACAACUUGAAUAUAUACCUGAACGUCAGCAUAGUGUUGCCUUCAUGUUGGGCAAUUUUCGCUGUCAUAAAUUUGGCGUAUGUGAAUAAAUCUACCUAUCACUGUUUGGUUGGGGGGGAAAAUGGAAAUUCUCAUGUUGCCAUUAAAGGCUCGAAUUUAGCCUUAGGAGUUUUAACACACCUGGGGGAGGACUUUUUGCAGAAGGGGGAGAUACUUGAUGAGGUCACAAAUGGGGAAAGAACGAACAAUUUGGUACGUGGUUCCUCCUCAAAUGAUAAAAAAAAGGCUGCAUCAGGAGGUACCAAUGAAAUGGGUAAUACAGCCAAGUGCCAAACGGACAGCAAUAUCUGUUACCAGAAUUAUCAACAUUUUCACAGCUCAGGGUACUACCUCCAGAAGGAACUGAACGAGGAAAUUCUAUUAACAACCAGGUGUCGACAGAAUAAGCAGACCUUUUUCAUUGACUCGCGCAAGGUGGGAGUGUGCAAAUCGUGCCUCAGUCCCAUAUGCUGCAUUGGAAACUGCCGAUCUGUCAGUGGCGAGUAUUUGUCUCCCUUCGGUUUUUACAAAUUUGUGCGGGUCGUUUUUGAGGAUGUUACGGAUGAACAGGUCGUCCAGUUUCACCGCUCCCUUCCUUUGCGGGGGGAUCACAGGUAA